AUGGAAGGAGCUGGGAGUAGUGAAUAUAGAAAAGGAUUGUGGACUGUGGAGGAGGAUAGAAUCUUAAUGGAUUACGUAAAGGUGCAUGGCAAAGGGAAGUGGAAUCAUGUACCAAAAAUCACAGGCCUCAAGAGAUGUGGCAAAAGCUGCAGGUUAAGAUGGAUGAAUUAUCUAAGCCCUAGUGUUAAGCGCGGCGAUUUCUCAGAGGAAGAAGAUGACCUUAUCAUCCGCCUUCAUAAACUUCUUGGCAAUAGGUGGUCUCUGAUUGCUGGUCGGGUUCCGGGAAGGACAGAUAAUCAAGUGAAGAACCAUUGGAACACUCAUUUGAGCAAAAAACUUGGCGUUAAGAAGGAAAAAUGCAAAGUUAGUGCUUCUUCAUCCAAAUUUUCCAAAAAAUUCAGGGUGAAAUCCGAUACUAAAUUAAGUUCAAUCGAUGAACCAAUUCCUAGUUGCAAUGGUAAAGUUAAAGGCGGCUUGAAUGCGAUGGAAAGUGAUGCAGAGAAAACAAAAGAAAUCACUUGCAUGCAAGAGCCAAUAUUUGCAAGUGAUUACCAUGAGAAUUUUUGGCUUUCUAAUGAUGAUCCAUAUACUUGUAGUCCUAGUUUAAUGGAACUUUUAGAUGAGUCUUUCGAUUUUUUUGGCAUGGUUUGUAAAGCUGCUGGUUUUUCCUUUUUUAUCUCAACAACUCUUUUUUAA